AUGAGACUCCAAACAGUCUGGCGGGCACGGAGCUUGCUUCAGCGUGCGCCAGUCAGCUGCACAUUCGGCCGUCGAGCCAUUCAAACUGCUAGUUCGACCCGCGUACCGGACUUUGCCUUUGCCUUUGACAUCGACGGAGUCCUCCUACGAUCUUCAAAACCUAUACCCGGCGCUGCCGACUCCCUCGCCCUUCUAAAGGAGCAAGGCAUUCCUUUCAUCCUGCUCACCAAUGGCGGCGGUAAACACGAGACAGAGCGCGUUGCGGAGAUCAGCGAGAAGCUGAGCGUGCCGCUGGACCCGUCAGUGAUUGUGCAGAGCCACUCACCCUUUGCGGAGCUAGUUAAUGGCCCCGAUGAGGAGAGGGCGCUGGAGAACAAGUGCGUGCUGGUUGCCGGAGGUGAUGGCGAUAACUGUCGGCGUGUCGCGGAGCAAUACGGGUUCAAGAAUGUUGUGACACCAGGAGACAUAUUCAUGGCCAACCCGUCCGUCUGGCCAUUCUCGAAGAACUUCUCGAACUACUACAAGACAUUUGCCCGACCGCUACCCAAGCCAUUGGACCCGACAGACCCGAUUAAGGGUCUUAAAAUCGACGCCGUCUUCGUUUUCAACGAUCCCCGGGACUGGGCACUAGAUACCCAGGUCAUUAUGGAUCUUCUCCUCUCGUCCCAGGGUCAUGUGGGCACUCUCUCGGAAAAGAAUGGUCGUGUUGAUCUUCCCAACCACGGAUACCAGCAGGAUGGCCAGCCUCACUUGUAUUUCUCUAACCCUGAUUUGUGGUGGGCCGCCGCGUACCCUUUGCCACGUCUUGGUCAAGGUGGUUUCCGUGAAGCCCUGGAGGGCGUUUGGGCUGCGACUACUGGUGGGCCUAGCAAGGGCAUCGAAUUGAAGAAAACAGUGAUCGGAAAACCAUAUCAAGGAACCUACGAGUUCGCCGAGCGACAGCUGCUUCGCAACCGCUCGAAGACCUUUGGUGGUGCGGCAGAUCUCCCACCGAUUCGGCGUGUCUACAUGGUUGGUGACAACCCUGAGUCGGAUAUUCGGGGCGCGAACUCCUAUCGCAGUGAGUUCGGCAGUAGCUGGCACUCGAUUCUGGUACGCACCGGCGUGUACAGUGGUGGAGACCCUGCUUGGGCUCCCAAGACCAUCAUGGAUGAUGUUCAGAAGGGAGUGCAGUGGGCUCUGAAGGCUUCGAAGUGGUCUUGA